UCUCUCUUUGUCAUGGGAAGACUUUGGACUUCUCUGCGGCUCCUUAUGGAAAAAUAAGAGAUUAUCAUGAGUUAAAACGUGCAAAUGUAGCGCAAAAAGUGAAGACAAUGGUCAGGAGAGGAGAGGAAAGUUGAGCGGUCAGUGGGGUCUUGAUUGGCGGAUCGAUACUCAGAGGAUGCUGCGGGAAAUGUAGUGACUUUACUGGAAACAGUCAGACAGUAAUCGUCUCGUCCAGCUGAAAUUUGCAGCACCGUGCUGUAUCAGAGAAAAGAGGUCAACAUGAACAGCAGCAUGCUUCCUCAGAGGAGUUCAGUGAGCACACUCGGCUACAGCACAGACUGUGUGAAGUUGGAGCCAAGUGGCCCAUCUGUGGGCGGGGGCAUGAGGAGCGGUCGCACUAAGGCAGAGCUUCAGGAGCUGAUGGAGACACUACAGCGCAGGAAGAGUGCACUGGAGGCCAGUCUGAGGGCAGCUGAGUGCAGCAGGAAGUACCUGAGUGUGCCCUCUGCCACGGGACCCCAGCCCCCUCGGCCCCUGUCAGCCCUCAGCAUGGACCGGCCCCCCUCCACGUCCAGGAUGCUCGCCUAUGUGUCCAGUGGAAGCAGUGUGCCCCCCUCUCCUCGACAAGGCGAGCGCCAGAUCACUUCCAACGGCGUUCACCGCCACUCCCACUCUCGACACCAGUCCCAGGACAGUCUGCUCUUGUCCAGUGAGGGGAGCUCUCUGCUAUCCCCCUCCUAUGACCCUGUCCCUCGCUCGCCCCGGAUCAAGAGUGGUGCAGCCAGUGUCCCCUCCAGUCCUCGCAUGGGCCGCAGACUCUACUCCCAGGUUAAAGCAGGGGAGUCUCGCCAGAGGAAGUACUCCACUGGAUCACUGACUAGUUUAGGUACUCACAGUCGCUCUCUGCCCCGCCUUCACAACCCCACUGACCCCCCCACUCUGUCACUGCCCUUACGUAACCCUGCAGUGUCCCACAAGGCGGGGGGCUCUGCUCGGAGAAGUCUGUCGUCCUUAGAGCAGCCUCCUGAUGUGACUGUCCCAGCCAGUAUGCCCAACGCCCCUCGGAGGGCCAGCAUGGCCUCUCUCAGCUCUCUGGGUGUAGACCUGGAUGGGACAGGGUUAGACCUGGGCUUUGGAGAGAGGAGGAUGUCCUUUGGGAAGGGGGGACUCAGUCCUGGACAAAGAGUUGGCAGCAUCAGCUCUCUAAACGGGAAAGAGGAGUUGAGAGACUACCAUCAGCACCAAAGAGAUGAACGCCUCAGGGAGCAGAAAGUUCAAAGACUGGAGUGUCAGCGUCUGGAGACCAUCUUGAACCUGUGCACAGAGCUGGAGAGGGACAGCUCCAGUUCAGCCGUGUCCAGUCUCCAGAAGAUCAACAAAGAGCUGGAGAAACUGCAGGUCUCGGAUGAUGACUCUGUGUUUUCAGACUCUCCCAGCAGCAGUGCUCCUGACACCUGCUUCACUCCCAAGAACCGAGACUACCCCCUGAGUGAGGACCCAGUGGUGGGCCAGAGAGGUCAACAGAGCACUUACAGCGGGGUCCGGUCACACUCACCUGCAGUUAGCCUCAACAGCAGUGCCCCCUCCCCUUCCACACACCACAGAACCAAAGUCUUGGAGAGUGAGCAGCUGAAACAGGAAGUGACGCAGAUCGAAGAAGAGCGCAUCCAGGUUCUGAACAACAUUGAGGAGCUGGAGCAGAAGAUUAAAGACCUGGACAACCAAAUGGAGGAGUCUGUCAGAGAGAUGGAGGUAGAGCGUGCUCUGUUGGAUGGGGAGCAUGAGUCUGAAGUGGCCCAGUUAGAAAGAGAGAAAGAGCUUCUGGAUCAACUCAAGGAAAAGAUUCACAGCAUCGAAAAACCAAAUGGCUCCGAGAGGACAGAGCAGGUUGACGAACAGACCAAAAGUCUGGAGGAGUUGGAUUUUCAGAAAUUGGAACGAGAAAUUAACCAGGACGAGGAAAAAGAAAAUCAAAGCCAAGAGCUGCUGCGGGAGAUUGCAGAGUGUCAGCGCAUUUCUGUCACACGCAAGGAAAGGAUUAUGACACUGAAGAAACAGUCCACACAGAUUACUUUACAAGCUCAACAAGAACGAGACAACUUCCAAAAAGAGAAAAACAAUUUACUUGUCAUGCUUCAAAAAGAGAAAGAGAAAUUAGCUUCUUUGGAAGAAAAGUAUUCAGAGUUAUCUGAAGGACAAGCCUUUGCUAAUAACCCCAUUAAAGAGCACUUGCACUCUCUGAAGGAAAGGAGAAGGAGCAAAGAAAACUCAUCCCACCAAAGUGACAGCCUACCUCACAAGAGGAGCCAGCAGAUCCUCACAUCCUACGGCAGGUCUAUGGGGCACACGCUGCCCCCGAAGGCCCACCCCCCUCUGUCUCAGAGCUCCAGCUGUGGCAGUGUGCUCCCCCCAGGAUUCACCUUCUCAUCCCGAGACCUGAACGCCCGCCGCCUGCAGAAGAACAAUAAUAACCACAUCCAGAUGAGUGAUGAGAGACAGAGGCGGAGCGACUUUUGCAGCCGGAUGGUCUCUGAGCCUCUUUUUUUGGACUUCUCCUUUGCCGACAGCAGCCUGAACUCGGACACAGUCAGCGUGGACAGCUCGGACAGCCUGGAGACCAGCUUCUCAGCAUGCUCCCCGGACAAUAUAUCCAGUGCGAGUACAUCCAACAUGGCCAAAAUAGAAGAGAUGGAGCGUUUACUUAGAGAGGCCCAGGUGGAGAAGCAACGGCUGCUGGAACAUCGAGAGCGCGAGAUGGAGAUUCGCAGACAGGCCCUGGAGGAGGAGAGGAGGAGGAGAGAGGAAUUAGAGAAGCGGUUACAAGAAGAAACAAGCAGGCGACAAAAACUGGUAGAGAGAGAAGUGAAACUACGUGAGAAGCAGAGGUCGCAGUCCCGCCUCCUGUCACGCUACCUCCCGGUCAGGAAAGAUGACUUUGAUCUUCAUGGACACAUUGAGGCAGCUGGACACAAUCCAGACGCGUGCUUUCAUUUGGCCAUCACUGAUAAAACCUGCCGGGGCUUCCUGGUCAAAAUGGGCGGAAAGAUCAAAACCUGGAAGAAGCGCUGGUUUGUUUUUGACCAAAACCGCAGGACGCUCACUUACUAUGCAGACAAACAUGAGACCAAGAUGAAAGGAGUUAUCUACUUCCAGGCCAUCGAGGAGGUGUACUAUGACCACCUAAAAAACGCACACAAAAGCCCAAACCCUUCUCUGACCUUCAGCGUGAAAACCCAUGACCGAGUGUACUACAUGGUGGCGCCAUCUCCUGAGGCCAUGCGUAUCUGGAUGGAUGUAAUAGUCACAGGUGCCGAGGGACACAUGCACUUCAUGGUUUAACACAUGAACAUUGUUUGGCAAAGGACACCACUCUCCCUCCAAGCCUCUUCUGUUGGAGCACAAUACAAAGAGCUUAUACAGUCAUGUUUACUGGGACUAGAGCUCAUUGAAUGCCACUACGAAAACUCAUGGGGAAUGUUAUACACCACUUCAAUUAAUAAGCUACUCAGCCAAUAUUAAAUAUGGCUGUGUAUAUUAAAGGGCAUUCAUCGCAGUAUCCGGCUGCCUUACAGCUCACAGUUCUUUACUAUACAGUAUUUUAGCUUUUCUUCUUUUCUUUGCAUUUAUAUCAUAAGCUUCAUUUGAAUGUUUGGUCAUAGGAGAUCACAUUGUUGCAAAAAUGCACAUAUUCUAUUUUACCUCAUAUUACCACCCAAAUCAGGACUUUUUCACAGUGAGUUUACAAUUAUCAUGAACAGUGUUAGAUUUCACCUUAUAUUGAUUAAACCUCCAACAUCUUUCUAAUGUUGAUUGAGUUUAACAUUUACUUUGCAUUUAUUUAUAAUCA